CUCUCCCCAAGGCAGUCAGUGUGGCUCGGCCGCGCAGUGUGGUGUGUGCGCGCUUGUGUGUGUGUGAAACGGACAGUAGUCACGACAACGCAGCAUCCACAGAGACGGAGAGCAGAGGAGGGGGAGAAGGUAUUACCCGAGCUCAGAGACGGAGAGAGAGAGAGAGACGGAGAAGGAGAGCGAGACGCAACAAAAAGCAGGAGGAGACAGACAAAGAGACAGAGAGAAGGAGACAGAGGGAGGGAGAGAAGAGACAGAGAUACCGAGGGAGGAGAAGGGCGAUAAAGGCAAGACAGAGAGAGGAGGAAACAGGGAGACAGAGAGAAGAGAGAGAGGAAGACAAGAGUGGAGCAGAGAGAAAGAGAGGAGGGGGAAGACACGUUGAGGCUGAGGAGGAGCAGAGGAGACCCAGACACGAUGGAGGCCAGCUUCGACACGGAGGAGAGCUUCGACGACCCGUCCUAUCUGGCCCCGCAGGCCCCUGGGGCCGUGUCCCCCGCCCGGAGACAGAUCAGGGAGAUCAAGGAGACCCGGAUCACUGUCAACUGUGUGACGUUCCCGCUGCCGGGGGAGGGGCCCGAGCAGCAGCUGCUGAAGCCCAACGACUGGAGCUACUGCGACUACUUCUGGGCCGACAAGAAGGACCCCCAGGGUGGCGCGUGCAUGCCGGGCUUCGAGAUCCUGCUGCAGAAGCAGCUGAAGGGCAAGCAGAUGCAGAAGGAGAUGUCCGAGUUCGUCCACGAAAGGAUAAAGAUCGAAGAGGAGUAUGCCAAGAACCUCUCCAAACUCUCCCUGAGUCCUCUGGCUGCCCAGGAGGAAGGAACCGUGGGUGAAGCCUGGAUCCAGCUGAAGAAGAGUCUCCACGACGAAGCCGAGGUGCACCUGAAGUUCUCCAACAAGCUCCACAGCGAGGUGGAGAAGCCCAUGCUGACCUUCAGGAGCGACCACUUCAAGAAGGACCUGAAGAAGUACGACCACCACAUCGCCGAUCUGAGGAAGCAGCUGGCCAGCCGCUACGCCGGGGUGGAGAAGGCCCGUAAGGCCCUGGCUGACAGGCAGAAGGACCUGGAGGUGAAGACCCAGCAGCUGGAGGUCAAGCUGAGCAACAAGACAGAGGAGGACAUCAAGAAGGCCCGAAGGAAGUCAACACAGGCUGGCGAUGACCUGAUGCGCAGCCUGGAUCUUUACAACCAGACCCAGUCCAAGUGGUUUGAGGAGAUGGUCACCACUAGUAUGGAGCUGGAGAAGCUGGAGGUUGACCGCAUCGAGUGGAUCCAACAGCACCUACGUCAGUACACGACGUUACGCCACGAGACAGACAUGUUCAACCAAAGCACGAUAGAGAACGUGGACCAGCUGCUGCGGGCGGUGGACCCAGCAAAGGACCGCGACCUGUGGGUCAAAGAGCACAAGACAGGGGACGUCCGCCCCAUCGACCUGGAUAUAUAGCUGUCACCCCCGGCAACAGGCGUUACACCCUGCAAGUCAUCCCCGCUGUUCACAGACAUUACACAUGGAAACAGUCGGUUCCCCCCGGCAACCGUCGUUACACAGGACAACAGUCGCUUCACGGGACAGUCACCACACCUGCGGACCUUCAUCACACACUGCGGUUUGUGUAACCCUGGCAACAGUCGUUUACAAUGACCAACUGUGGUAAAACCUAGCAACAGUCGUUUACCAUGGCGACAAUCUUUAAACAUUGUAAGAACCGUCUAAAAUCACAACCCUAUAUACCUGGUCGUUAGUCGUCUAACAUGGCAACACUCCUUUUGACAACAGUCGUUUACCCCGGCAACAGACGUUUAAAACAUUCAACAGCAACACCUCGACUGCAAGGUCACCUGUGUGACCCGGGGACAAUGACCACCUGUUACUGUAUUUCUACCACCGUGGAAAUCUACUGGAACAACCUCUAAAAUACCAGCAUGUUCUAUGGAGAUGUAACAGUAUUGUCCGCAUUAUCUUGUUGAAUGCCCCUUUAAAUGUCUUGUCUUCUGCGUGUUGUAAGUGGAAACUGUUAAGGUAAAAGAGAUUGGUGUAUUUUAAAUAGUUUUAAGUUUAGUUUAGUGAUAAGACACUUUGUGAAAACCAAACCCUCCAAUUAAGACAAAUCAAACAAUAAAUUAAGACAAUGGUAUUGCAUUUAUUUUAGAUAACGAAGAUAAGAAAUAUAUUAGAACCGAUAUUAUAUAUAUAUUUAUAUUUUAAUAUUUUACCUGUUGGUUUUUUGGUGGAUAAUGCAUGUUUGCAAUCUCUCGCUGUUAUUUUAAACGGAGAAUUGGGACAUUUGUGGGCCGGCCAUGUUUCCAUUGUAACUUAGGUACAGUGAAACAGAUAUACAGCGAUUUGGAGAUAUAGCAUGGUGCACUGGAACAACAGCUUCACCCCAGGCUCACAAACAUCCGCUAAUGUAUACUGUGUGAUAUAAGACACCUCGGGAUGCACCCUUAACUAAAUGUACCUUUUUGAGUGUGGAUGUCCAGUGGAUGGAUUCGAUGUGCACAAAAGAUGACCCAUGCUACAACAAACACCUCUUAGUGCCUGAUGGGUGUCUGCCUGGAAUGUCUUAGAUAGUCUAUCCUCUGCUGUACAUUUGUACAUACACAACCUACAUGUAUUCUACUGUCCCACCAACAGUGUCCCAGGACAGGCUAGAGUGUCCUAGGUGCUUGUAAACGGCGGCUGGUUUUAGUCUUGCUAAGUCUUGCUAGCAGCAGCCAACGGGAGGUGAUGGAGCCAUUUCAAACUAGAAUAUCUGUGUGGUGCACCUGGCCGUGGAGUCUUUGUACAGCUGCUCUGAUCCACAGCUACAGCCUACCAGCUAGGUUGGGCAUUUGGGUAUCGAACCCAUCUGAAGUGUCCCACCCCAAACCGUUAGUAUUUAUUAUGGCUGACUGAUCCAUCCAUUCAUACCGCGCUUACUCUGUAGGAGCUAACCAUGGAUUUCAAACAAGAUUGCAUGAACUGAACUGUGUGUGUGUGUGUGUGUGUGUGUGUGUGUGUGUGUGUGUGUGUGUGUGUGUGUGUGUGUGUGUGUGUGUGUGUGUGUGUGUUGUGUGUACAUACAUGUUGUUUCCAUGUUUGACUUUGUCGCUACCCUCUGUUGUCGUGAAAAUGUUUCCAAUACUGUGUUUAAGGCAUGGACGUAACAACCGGUGACCCUCCUUUUGAGUUCUACUUACUUUUCGAUGAUCACCCAACAUGAUAGAUCUCGCCUCGUAGUCCUGAUUCAUCCAAUCGAAUAAGUGAAAUUCCUCAUUUACAUCACCGUGUCUUCUGUGGAAAAUGUCCAGAGGUCAUUUUAACCGACGAUAGCUAAACGUCAAGUUGUUGUUCUUUUUGCAGUUGUUUGAUGCCCCCCCCCCACCCCCCGUAAGUUCUUCAGAUGGAUAAAACGUUGUACAAGUGUGUGUGUAUGUGUUUUGGUCAACAUCCCGUUCACUGAAUGUUCCUCUUCAGUGCCAGAAAGGACUGCUCAGGCAGAGUAAAGCGUUCUGCCUUUUGUGACCCGUGUUCCGUUUUGUGCAUCAUGUCAAACAUUUUUCAUAUUGGUAAGCAAUGUCCACAUGGUGUUCUGUGCUAAUCAGUGUCUGGAAUAAAUAUCUUCCUUGAAAACAAAGAAACUAAA